GCGAGGAGGAGGAGACAGCAAGGAUAGGCCCAGGAUAAUGGAGUCCAAAGAGGAACAAGUGGCAAAAGAUCUCAACAUGGAAAAUGCCAACGCGGGGCAUGAGAAAAAGGAGGAAAAGGAGCACGACGCUAAUAAAGGAGAGCCCUUGGCCCUCCCUUGGGAAGCUGGUGAAUAUUCUUUGCCUAGAGGAAGCCGUAGGCGGUCCCGCAUCCGGCAGCCCAUCCAGCAGUAUAGAUGGGAAGUGAUUGAGAAGCUUGGAGAGCCACAGGCGAGGGUGAGAGAGGAGAAUAUGGAAAGGAUUGGGGAGGAGGUGAGGCAGCUGAUGGAAAAGCUGAGGGAAAAGCAGUCCAGUCAUAGUCUGCGCGCAGUUAGCACUGACCCCCCUCGCCAAGACCAUCAUGAUGAGUUUUGCCUUAUGCCUUGAAUCCUGUUGUUUCCCCUGAAGCUAAUAGGGAGACACGCCUGCUUCCUAAACUUACAUGUUUGUGAUGUACCUUUGUUGUAAACCUUUUGAUGUCAUUAAUUUCUGGUGGGUCUCUUACUACCAACUUAGAGUUGAAUGUUGUGUUUUUCACCCAGUCUGUAAGAUUUUGUUAGCAGAGGAAUUUUACCUAUUGCAUGGGAAAAAGCUCAUUAUAUAUUGUGAAGUUAAUAAAGCAGUUUAAAA